AUGGGAAUGCAUAUUCUGAUCGCUAGACUUGACAUGAUAGUUUUAUUAACCUAACCAGAGCCAUUGACUGAGAUCCAACAAUUUGAAAUCCAGAAAUACUUGAGGUUGAAUAAAUCCCUGUUUUCUGAAAAUCAGAUCAAUUCAUUGAUCCAACUCAUUCAAAUUAAAAACUAUGAACACAUCCGAAAUUUGUAUCUCAGAAGAUAUACAAGACUUGAAGAACUGUUAUCAUUGGAUUUGUCAAUUGAGUAAAUCUAUGAUUAUUGCAUACGAGUUUAUUUGAAGGAAAUCAAGAAGCUUGGCAAUACGACUCUCAAAACCUAUAAUAACAUCAUAGAAACUCACCGCAUACAGUAGACUUACUUCCUACGAGAACCUUAGAUCUAGUAAUCGCAUUACAAUUGUCUAGACUUAGAACAAGAUGAGACAAAUAAAUAUUUAUUAUUGUCCUCCUUAUAUAACAGGAACCGAUUCGAAGAGCCCAGAUUCAUUUACAUGUCAGAUCUACUUCGAAGGAGGAUGCAGCAAAUGACUAAGGAUAUCUCAGAUAGAAAUCAAACUAUUCAAAAAAGCAUAAACUAAUAUUACCAUCAAAAUAAGAGGAAAUCAUAUUGUCUUACACCAAAACCUGCUCGAUCUCGCAAUAACACAUUUUACAAGAACAACGCAAAGGUAACUGGAUUGCGAGUACAAACAGAAUUUGUGAUUGAGAAACGUUUGCCAGCCAGAUCCAUUUACCAGAUUAAGAAAAUUUAGUUACUUGACGAAAAUGAAAACAAUACUCCCAAUAAUAAGAAUAGUUGUAAAGCGUUGGGAAGGCCGCGGAGUCUAAUACGAACUAAGUUUUAAUAACUGAUCAAUUGA